AUGGGGAGCUUAAGUAACUGUGCUUUCAGGAAAGAGAUAAAGGAAUAUUUUCGAGAGAAUGUACUCAGAGCAUUAAAUACGAUUUUUGGCAUAUUUCUGGAUUUUCCACGGUGCAACUGGAUAGGACAUAUUUCAAAAUGCCUACUUAUGCUUGAAAUUCAGCAGGAUAACAAAGACGAGCUUCAUGUUUGGGUACAAGGGAAAAUCCUCAUUUUCACAAUGCUUGAAUUUGCCAUUAUAAGUGGUCUGAAGUGUACCGAUAAUAUUGAUGAUUAUAUGUAUACUUCAUCAUCUAAAUCAGCGUUGAUGUCGAGGUAUUUUUCUGACAAUAAAGGAGCAAUAACUCAUUCAAAAUUGAUAACACGGGUGCAGAAUGAAAGCUUUGAUAACGCUGAAAAUGCUCUGAAACUGGAGAUAUUGUUCUUUAUUCAUACAUUUAUAUUUUCUCAGCAUAAGAAAGCACCAAUCAGUGUUGCGCACUUUCAAAUUGUUGAGGAAGGUCGGUACAUUCACUUUUCAUGGGGGAAGGUCACAUUUGAAAAGUUAAUGAGUUCCUGGCAACAGGAUUUCAACACUGUGAAGCAGUUAUAUUCAUUGGGUGGAAUGCCGCAAGUUCUAAAUGUUUGGAUGUUUGAGUGCUGCUCCAAAUUGAAAAAGAUAGCAGUUGAAAUUCAACAGCGUGUUGGCACCAUUGCUGAAGAAUUUGGUGAUUUCAGCACUAUACCGUCGCGGGAAAUCCUCAUAAAGACUGGUUUUGAAUCGCCUGUAUCGCUUGACCAACCUUUGAAGAAAAGAAAGACUGUCAUGUUUGAGCAAGAAAAGAAAGCGGUGAUGGAUAAUGAUACAUCUGGAUCUGGUCAUGCAGUACAUCAUGGAUCUGAUUUGUAUCGUGAAACACAUAAGGAUGCAGCAGACAAGAGAGAAAUUGGUGUGUCUGAAAUUCAACAUCAUCAUCAUCAUCAUCAUGUAGAAAUUGGUGUUUCUCCGCAGAGUCACCAAUACAAGUCUGUUCCUUCAUCAUCCACACAGCCUGAAUGGACUUCUAAAUCAAGUUUAGAUGGAGAUGAAAUAAAGAAUUACACCAAUAAAUGUUUUGCUGAAACGAUGGCCGAACUGGUUACACUAAUAUCAAAAAUACCUGCUGAGGUUGUCAAAGCAUUGAAAAAUGAACAAAAUCAGCAAUCACAGGAGGACAAAAUUGAUGAACAACAACAAAGUCAAAAAGACGGAUCCAACAAACAAGAGCGACAACAUAAAUCUGAUAUGCAGCAUGAAGAUUAUGAUAAAGGAUCACUAAACGAUAUGAAAGUGUCUCGUGAUGAAGAAUCUAAUAAGCAGAACCUUCUUGAAGAGCAACAAUUAUUGGAUGUGAAUGCAGCCGAUAAAGAUGCAGGUCGUGAGGAUAAUUUUGAAAAUGAGGACUGUUCUGAUUUGCAAGCUUUAGAGGAUGUGAAUCUAACUGCUAAAGAAGAUGUUGCUGAAGUGAAUUUAAAUAAUCAGAAAUCUACUGAUGUGACAGAUGUCCAGGAUGAAGUUGGUGGGACAAUAACUGGUUCAAUACAAUCAGUUGUAGAUACAAUUUUAUUUGGACUGUCAACACCUUUGACUACAAAGUCAUUGGAUGUUGGUACUUCAAAUAAAAUGACCGAAAGACACUGGGACCUUCCAGACAGUCAGAUUCCACCUGACUUCCCUGAUGCUCAGUAUGGUUCUGGCUCCAAGGAUGCGGUUGAUAUCGAUAAAGAGGAGAAACUGAAGUAUGCUUUUGAUGGGUACAACAUCAACCAAGAUUUGUCUAACGAAUUGAUGAUUGAUUACUCCCCGUGGAUUGCCGUAGGAUUGCUGAAAACUCAUUCUGCCAAGAAAGAGACGGACAAUCACUAUCGAGUAAAUGCUUCUGGGUUAGGUUUUAGACAAUUGGACUUUCAUUUAGAUGUGAUCUUCUACUACUUGAGAAAGAAAUCAAAGAUUCAGUUGGGUGAUAAUUAUAGAUAUACAACGACAAGCUGCUUCUUUAAAACAUAUGUUGAGAAGACACAUACUCGCUAUUAUCCAGCGGAAUCGGCAGUUGACCUAUCCAUGCAACAAGACUAUGCAGAAUCAAUUGUGGUGGCUAAGAAUGAAGAUGCUAUUGCUAAUAUAAUUCAGGGAUUAUGUAUGCCUGCUGGAUUACCAUGGUGUAUGGUUGAUAAGAAGGAAAGAUUAAUACGUGUGUAUGACUCACUUUCAAGUAAAAGGAAAAAAGAACCUCCAAUUGAAAUACAAAAGCUUGCAGUUAUGCUUCCAACUUACUUGUCAGACAAUGACUUUUAUGAUAAGACCGAGCGAACUAACUGGCCAUCACUUGAAGCUUACAAAGGGAAGAUUACUCAGCAAACUGGUCUUAUAAAUGAAAUACCAUUUGAUAUUGACUAUGUACAAAAUAUCCCACAAAAAACGUCUGAUAGUUUGGACUGUGGCGUAUUUGUGUGUGCCUAUGCAAAAAUAUUAAGUGAAGGACUACAAGUUCAUUCAUGUGAGUUUGAUUCUGCAUGUCAACGUGCACGCUAUGCUUUCUUACUGUGGCAUUACGGAGUGGAAAAGGAAAAUGAAGGGUACACGAGUGAUAAUGGAGAUCCGCCUCGACCAAGGAAAAGUGUUAUCAAAGAAAUUGAAGCAAAUGCAAUUGUUACUUUAGAGUAG